CCUCACUAAAAUAGUUGGAGAGCUGCGCAAGAAGUUUUUUUUCUCAGCUCUUGUAAGUUUUAGCUGUGGGGGGAUAGAGUGCCUCCGUCCAUUUUCCAUUACGGGUCCAGGUGAUGUCACAGAGUGCUGAGAAGGGAAGUCUGUGCUUUUCUCUUUUUUAUCGCAAGACUGCGGAGUAAAGAGGUGCUGAAGCGGGGAUCCCGAGAGACGCCUGGCCGCGGUCUAUCUUCAACACUGUUUGGACACUAAUGACAUCAUGUGGGUUGCUGGUAUUUUUAUAGUCUGGAUAUUUAACAUAUUUGAAGCAUGCCAAGGAAAUCUGCUUUCAUCUACAAAAGACAUCUUGUGUCCCACUCUACAAAUAGAAGAAUGGAAAUUUCCAAAUGUAGGCAUUGAUCAUCAAAAUAUUAGCGGCUUUAAUCUGGUCCGAAAGUUUUCUCUACUGAAGAUCCCGGAGAUAAAGAAGAUCCGAAAUCCCAGGGGCCCAGUGAUCUUGCGACUUGGCAACUUAUCACUUAUUAGAUCUACAGACCAGAUUUUUCCUCUCGGCUUGCCUGAUGAGUUCACUUUGGUCACCACUUUACUUUUAAAAAAAAAAACAGUGAAGGAGAAUGUGAACAUCUUCCAGAUCUCUGACCCCCAAGGCUACUCCCAGAUCUCUGUUUCACUUAAUGGCCCAGAGAAGAGCUUGGAGUUACAGGCUCUUGGAGUCAAUGAAGAAUUUGUGAACAGCGUCUUCAGUGGCGAAGGGGUAGCUUCUGUCUUUGAUUUCAAGUGGCAUAAGAUUGCAAUAAGUGUCCAAGCUGGAGUUGCAUCUGUGCAUGUGGAUUGCAACUCAAUUGAGACUAAGCCAUUUCAUGCACACCAGAGAGUAGAGCCAAAGGGUCACACCCUGAUUGGUAUGCGUACUGCAGAUGGCACUCCAGCUGAGUUUGAUAUUCAGCAGAUAACCAUCUAUUGUGAUCCUACCUUGGCAAUACAGGAGGCUUGUUGUGAAAUUGCUGGCGGCAGGUGCCCUUCUGAAGUCUCCAAGAUUCGUCGAGAUACUGAGAGAUCCCCUAUGGCAGACGAGUCACUGAGUGCCAAGUGUGCCUAUUGUAUUCAACAAAUUAGAGCGCAAAAUGAUGAGUUUGCCAAGCCAGGUGUAAAGAUACAAGUUGCAGAGUUGGCAAUGCCAGGAACUCCAGUUUUUAAAGGCAACAUAGGAGAUCAUGGUCAUUUGGAGCAUCCUGCUGUUCACUUGAAGGGUGAAAAAGGCGAAAAAGGUGAUCCAGGUGUGUCUGGAAUGCCAGGAAAUGAUGGAGCACCCGGCGAGAUCUGUGUUGUUGGUCCUAAAGGCCAGAAGGGUCAGCCAGGCAUUGUUGGGCCUGAAGGGAUGGCAGGAGAACCAGGUCUCCCUGGCCCACCUGGGCCUCCUGGCCGAGGAGAACCUGGACCACCGGUGCCCCAGGGGGGUCCACCUGGUAUGAAGGGUAAUCCUGGAAUUCCAGCAGCUGAUGGAAUACCUGGUGAUCCUGGACCUCGUGGACCUGUGGGCUCCAAAGGAGAGAAGGGGGAUCCAUGUGAAGUGUGCCCAGUUGUUUCAGAUGAAGCCAAAAAUAUAGUCGCUGUACAGGGAAAACCAGGACCAAAAGGAGAGCCAGGGGACCCAGGUUUAGGCCAGCCUGGCUUAACGGGUGCAUCCGGCCUUCCAGGAAGCAAGGGUGAGAAGGGUGACCAUGGAACUGAUGGUGUUAAAGGAGAAAAGGGUGAAUCUUGUUUGGGAUGUCCUGACUUCACCUCUGCUCCUGCUUCACUUCAGUCUUCUAUUGCAAAGCAAGGGUCUAAAGGAGAGAAAGGGGAAACUGGCAUCGGAGAACAUGGAAGUCCUGGUGAACCAGGUGCUACUGGACUGCCUGGGCAGAAAGGAGAAAUGGGUGACAGUGGUGACAAAGGAAAAGAUGGGAGGACGGGAAAACCAGGAAUGCCAGGUUUCCCUGGUUUGGAAGGAAUGAAAGGCGAGAAGGGUAACAUCGGUGAGCAAGGAUCUGUAGGCAUCAAAGGUGAAAAGGGAGAAUCCUGUGGGCUAUGUCCAACACCUUCUCCUGAAGAAGGACGUGCACAGACCUUUAUCCAGCUGCCUGGUCAAAUGGGAGAGAAAGGUGAGCCAGGACAACCAGGCAUUGGACAGCCUGGUAAACAGGUAAUACAUGGAGCUCCUGGUGUAAAGGGAGAUAAGGGAGAACAGGGAUUCCAGGGUGAUUCAGGAACUCCAGGAACGAUUGGGGCACCCGGACUUCCUGGAGAGACAGGAACACAAGGCCUCCCUGGGCUGAAGGGAGAAAAGGGGGAUUCAUGUGAAGUAUGCGCACCUCUUCCCGAAGGAUUAAAGAGUGCCAUUCCAGUCUCAGGAAAGAAAGGAGAGAGAGGGGAACCAGGACCCCCUGGAAUGGGUCUUGCUGGAAAGCAUGGAAAACCAGGACUUCCAGGAAUUCAAGGACCAGCUGGGCCAAAAGGCAGUCAGGGCAAACCAGGAGCUCCAGGGGCUGGUCAAAUUGGACCAAAGGGAGAAGUUGGAGAAAAGGGAUCUCCUGGAGAGCCGGGCAUUAAAGGUUCACCUGGAGUCCCAGGACAAGAUGGUCUAAAAGGAGAAAAGGGAUCUUUUGGACCCUCUGGAGUACCAGGUCCCCAGGGACCUCCUGGAGUUGCAGUAACUGGUCCCCCUGGCAAGAAUGGAUUACCAGGAAGACAUGGUUUACCUGGGGAAGGCGGCUUACCUGGAGAUAAAGGAGUCAAAGGUGACAAGGGAGAACCGGGAAAUUGUGGCUGCCAACAGUCUCCACCUUGGGUUGACUCAAAGCACACAGGAAAUCCAGGAGCUCCUGGGACCCUGACCACUGGAUUGUUAUGGCCAGGACCACAGGGACCCCCUGGUCCUCCUGGCCCACCUGGACCCCCUGGUCCUACAGGAACGACAGGUUUUCCAGGAAGGCAGGGUUUUCCUGGAAGUGAUGGCUUACCCGGGCUGCCAGGCCCACCAGGAGAUUUAGGACCAUUAUCAAUGGUAGCAGAGAGACAGCUGGCAGCACUGAGGCAGGAUAUCUGUGGAAGCUGCUCCGAGGGUCUGCCUGGUGUUCCAGGUGUGGUUGGAAUCAAGGGAGACAAAGGAGAGCAAGGAGAACAAGGCCAGCCUGGUACCUCAGAAAGUGUGAACUGUGAAAUGUGUUUCAAACAACUGCAGCAAGAAGAGCCCAGGGGAGAUGCAAACAGUGGAGGUCCAGGUUGUGCAGGAGCAUCAGGGACACCAGGAAUUCCUGGACUGCCUGGCGAGAAAGGAGAGCAGGGUCCAGCAGGGUCUAGGGGUUUUCCUGGUUCCCCUGGUGCAAUUGGUCCACCCGGUUUCCCCGGUUCACCUGGGCCAGCUGGAUUGCCUGGGCUUCAAGGAGAGAGGGGUCCUUCUGGUCAGAAGGGAGAGCAGGGUCCACCUGGUUCACCUGGUUACCCAGGACAGAUGGGAACACCUGGUCUCCCAGGACUCAAAGGCGAAAGGGGGUACUCUGGCUCUCCAGGAGAGAAAGGUGAAUCGGGUCCUCCUGGACCUACUGGCUACCCAGGACCUGCAGGAUCAGUGGGUCUCAAAGGAGAAAGAGGACCAUCUGGGUCUCCUGGGUUAAAAGGAGAUCAGGGUUUCCAAGGGCAACCUGGGUUUCCAGGACAACCAGGACCCCCUGGCUUUCCUGGAAAACCUGGUCCUCAAGGUCCUUCGGGUCCUGCAGCAGAGAAAGGUGCCGAAGGAGCACGUGGCCCACCAGGACCCAGUGGACCUCCUGGAACAUCAGGGCCCCCAGGGAUACAGGGAGCCCCUGGUAUUGAAGGUUUGGAUGGCAAAGAUGGAAAACCAGGACCUAGGGGAGAGAUAGGCCCAGUUGGUCCAAUUGGUCCUCGAGGAAUGCCUGGUUUCAAAGGAAAAACUGGACAUCCUGGUCUUCCAGGACUAAAGGGUGAUUGUGGUCCUCAAGGUCCCCCUGGAGCUAUGGGCAGACCUGGGGUUGAGGGAGAUCCUGGGCAGCCAGGACAACAAGGCCCACCUGGACCACCCGGACAUAUCGGGUUGCCUGGACCAGUAGGUCCACCAGGUCCUGUAGGACCCCCAGGAGUGGGCCUGAAGGGUGAUCGUGGGCCAUCAGGAGAAAGAGGACCUUUGGGCAUGGCGGGACCACCAGGAUCCCCAGGACAUCCAGGACCUUCAGGAGAGAUGGGCAGUGAUGGUCCACCUGGAAAAGAUGGAUCUUCAGGAGUGCCUGGAGAACCAGGUCCCCAAGGCCAAAAAGGUGAACCUGGUGCCACUGGUGAAAAAGGAUCCCCAGGAGAGCGGGGCAGACCUGGGCUGCCAGGUGACUCAUCUAAAAGCAGUUCAAUGGGACUUAUUGGGCCAAUAGGUCCACGUGGAGAAAGAGGCUUACCAGGGUCACCAGGAUCUCCAGGCACUCCAGGUUCACCUGGACUUCCAGGAACACAGGCAGAUGCAGUGAAUUAUGAUGACAUCAAGAGGUUCAUCCGGCAAGAAGUCAUAAGGAUAUUUGAUGAACGUAUUGCAUACUACAUGUCAAGAGUACAGUUCCCAGUAGAAACAGUUUCUGCUCCCGGUCGUCCAGGACCUCCAGGAAAGGACGGAACAACUGGAAGACCAGGUCCCCCAGGUAUGCCAGGAAUUCCCGGGCAGGUUGGAAGAGAAGGCAGACAGGGCCCUCAAGGACCUCCAGGAGAAGCAGGUAAAAAGGGUGAAAAAGGUGACAAAGGAGUGGGCGUCAUGGGCGAUUCUGGACCUCCAGGAUCUCCAGGCGUUCCUGGGCCUGCUGGCUAUGGAAAAAUAGGCGCACCUGGACCAGUGGGACAGCAAGGUAUACCUGGUGUGCCAGGGCCACCAGGACAUCCAGGUCAGCCAGGAAAACAAGGACACUGCAAUCCAUCAGACUGCUUCAGCAUGGCUCCCAUGGAGCAAUAUGACUCCAAAAAGGGGCCAAUGCAUUAGAAGCAGUGGGACACCCUAAGGAAAACCAAAGCCAUGGACCAUCCACAUUCACACACAGAUCAAAUGAAAAGCUGGAAUGGAGUCAGACCAACAAAAGCUUACAUA